AUGUCAUCAGAUUCGGAAUCAGAUGCCCCCUUUAAUGUCAGCGAGACUUUGAUCCCAUUUAGAGAUAUUAAACCCGUGGAUAACAGCAGUGUGUCUUUCGAUGGUAUUUUGGACAAUCCUUUGGUCCUCAAAGAAGACCUCAAAGAUGGAUGCGGUGGCCAGCUAUGGCCAGCCGGGAUGGUUCUAGCGAAAUAUCUACUGCGCCGGCAUCACUCGGAUUUUUCUGGAAAAACAAUAGUUGAACUGGGGGCUGGGGGCGGUCUCGUUGGGCUUGCGGUUGCACGGGGCUGUACCGUUGGUCCAUCUCCUAUUUAUAUUACAGACCAGCAACCGAUGUUGCCUCUGAUGGAGACAAAUAUCGAGCUCAAUGACCUCUCAUCGACUGUUGCAGCUGCAGUUUUGGAUUGGGGGGCCCCUCUUCCAGAUUGUAUUCCGGCUCACCCCGCGAUCAUACUUGCCGCAGAUUGCGUCUACUUUGAACCGGCCUUCCCUCUUUUAAUCACCACCCUCAAAGAUCUCUUGGGUCCUGAGUCUGUCUGUUACUUCUGUUUCAAAAGACGUAGACGAGCGGACCUUCGUUUUAUAAAAAUGGCAAAAAAGGCAUUCGACAUUGAGGAGGUCCAUGAUGACCCUGAUGUGGAUAUCUACAGACGAGAAAAUCUUUUUCUCUACGCAAUACGUUCAAAAUCAUGCAAAAGGGAUAGUCGUGAGAGGGAUUGA